AUGGCCGAUGCCAACGAACCGUCCGCGGCCGAGGUCGCCGCCACCCGCGCCAAGGAGGCCGAGGAGCAGGCCGCCCUUCCUUACAAGUGGGUGCAGACGAUCAGCGAGCUCGACGUCACCUUCACGGUGCCGGGAAACAUGAAGUCGCGCGAUCUCGUCGUCGACAUUCAGAAGCAGUCUCUGUCUGCCGGCAUCAAGGGUCAAGAGCCCGUCAUCAAGGGUGACUUGCCCCACGCCAUCAUCGUCGGCGACUCGACCUGGACGCUCACCACCAACGCCGACGGCACAAAGACGGUCGAGAUCCACCUCGACAAGGCGAACAAGAUGGAGUGGUGGGCGCACGUCGUGACUUCGGCACCGACCAUAGACGUCACCAAGAUCCAGCCCGACUCGUCCAAGCUCUCGGACCUUGACGGCCAGACGCGCGGCAUGGUGGAGAAGAUGAUGUUCGACCAGCGCCAGAAGGAGGCGGGCCUGCCGACGUCGGACGAGCAGCAAAGGCUCGACAUUCUCAAGAAGUUCCAGUCGCAGCAUCCUGAGAUGGACUUUAGCAAGGCCAAGAUCAACUAA